UAUUUGCUUCGCGAAACGUCUGUGCUAAGAUAAGUGGCUUUGGUAUCAUCGUUGGUACCUCUAAUAUUUCAAGAUAUUAGAGCUCUCUUAUAAUUCUCGUGCAAGAUGAGCAGAGUCGUUUGGUCGAACGCCAAAAAAAGAGCCGUUAUGAACCCCUGGCCACCAUGUUUGACGCUAACUAUGUACGAAGCCGACUCCUCCGACUCCGAGAUAAACGUGGCGUCCAUCACUGCCGAAGAUCAGGAGAAAAAGCCUGCCGGUUGGCGGCGGCUUCGUAUCUUUGUUAUCGCGUGCGCCGAAGCCUGCACUGAACGAAGCCAACGGCACGAGAUUUUUUUAUUUUUUUUUCUUAGGGCAGCACGAGAAUUAUUUAGCGAAUUGUGCCUCCGAAGACUCUCUCUCUCUCUCUCCCCCCCUCUCCUUUCUCUCUAUUAUUAAUUAUUUUACGUGAAAAGAAUAAUUCGCCGUUGGAGUUGGGAUUUUUCUAGGGUUUGGAGCCCGAACCAGCCCUCCCUCCGAUGCACUCUCCUCUCUCUCGCCUCCAUUGCUCCGUCCGUUGAAUUCUUGGGAGCUUGCGAACUCCGCCGGCUGCUGAUGCUCGCCGCGGACUCGAUGCUGGGGACUGCGAAGCCUGGCGUGGGCAUCCCUGGGGGCAGCCGGAUCCGGUGCCGGAGGGAAAUGGCUUGCGCGAAGCAAGGUUUUCGGCCGUGGUCCGCUCAAGAACCAAGAAAAGAGGGAGGGAAGGUGGACUCCUUCCGGUGGAUGAGCUGCUUCAAGGAUCCAAUGGGGAAGGGCAAGAAGGUGGAGGUGGAGACCGUCCGCGGGGGGGAGGACCUCUGGGAUGUGGCUUCCACGGCCGAGCGGGGGAGUUUCCCGGAGCAUCUAGUCAUAAUGGUCAAUGGCUUGAUUGGAAGUGCUGAAGAUUGGAGAUUUGCUGCAGAGCAGUUCGUGAAAAAGCUUCCAAAUAAAGUAAUUGUCCAUCGCAGUGAGUGUAAUACUUUAAGAUUGACAUUUGAUGGAGUUGAUUUGAUGGGUGAGAGGCUAGCAGAAGAGGUCCGAUCGGUUGUUAAGCGAAGAGGCGGUGUACGGAAGAUCUCAUUUGUGGCUCAUUCAUUGGGUGGAUUGGUAGCCAGAUAUGCUAUUGGAAGGCUAUAUGAGCCUAUUACCAAAGCGGAGCCUUUUGCUGGUGCUAAGAACCAAUUCGAUGAAGACAGCAGUCCGGAAGGUAGAAUAGCUGGGUUGGAACCGAUGAAUUUUGUAACAUUUGCCUCACCCCAUCUAGGUUCAAGGGGACAUAAACAGAUUCCUCUCCUUUGUGGUCUUCCUUUUUUGGAGCAAAGGGCGUCCAAAACUGCACAUUUGAUAGUUGGCAGGACUGGAAAGCAUCUAUUUCUUACAGAUAAUGAUGAUGGAAAGCCUCCACUUCUCCUUCGAAUGGUUGAUGACUGCGAUGAUAUAAAGUUUAGGUCAGCCUUGCGCUCUUUCAAGCGUUGUGUUGCCUAUGCCAAUGCAAAUUAUGACCAUAUUGUAGGAUGGAGAACAUCAUCGAUUCGCCGUCAACAUGAAUUACCAGAACAUCAUCUUCUUGUAAAGGAUGAGAAGUAUCCACAUAUUGUUUUUGUGGAUAAAGAAAAUACAGAGAUCAAGCAUAAUGGAGUAUUGGUGGAUCUCGAUGCUCAACAAUAUGAUCUGGAAGAGGAGAUGAUUAGGGGUCUUACACAGGUAUCUUGGGAGCGUGUGGAUGUAAGCUUUCAGAAAAGUAGGCAAAGAUAUGUUGCACAUAAUACCAUCCAGGUGAAGAGCUACUGGUUGAACUCUGAUGGUGCAGAUGUGGUCUUCCAUAUGAUUGAUAAUUUUCUUAUCUAGUCUUCUGACAAAUUUUGCGGUUCUCAAUUGGCAGGCCACAAACUCAUUCUGGUGUGUAGAACACUGAUGCAAGUACAUUUAUUCUAAAAAUCUCGACCUUGUAGAUAAAUAAUUGUCCUGUGUAUUAGUUGCACAAUUUUGAUUUGGUUAUAAUUCUUCAUUCAUACACCGCCUAGGGAAUCUGGUAACAAGAAACUGUAGAUUUUCUUAGUAGGUGGAAUUAUCUUGUAAUAGAAUUCAUCAUUUUAUAUCUUAGGAAGAAAUUUCCUACAAGUGCCUCCACCCCUGGCAUCAUGAAUGAAAGCCAUUUCAUAUUUUUUUAUUUAA